AUUAUUUUGUAAUUAAAUUAAUGGAUAACACAAAACUAAAGAGAGAAUAAUUCAGUAUAUUGUUAAGGGAAUAUUAGCGUUCGAAUAAGUUUUAGUAAAAUAGAAAAAGGUUAAUUCAGAUUCAUUUGGAAGAAUAAUAAAUAAAUGAAUUGAUAUCACAAACAAAAAUAGCUAUUCAAAAACUAGCUGAUAGUUUAAAUUACUUUGAUUUUGAUUCUCCAGGUUUUGAAUUGUAAACUAUGACAAAUUAAGUAAUGAAUAUAGUACCAGAAAUUAAAUAAUGUAUAGAAAAUUUAAGCAAUAUUGAAUUGUCUAACUUCGAAGGAUUAUUGAAUAAAUUUUGGAAUGUAUACUGUUAUUUAGCUUUUAACAAAGAUAAUUCAUGUUUUUUAGAAAUGUUAGAAUUGCUUACCUUAUUUUGUUAAAAAAGUGUGCUAUUUUGUGAUACAUAUUGUAAAUCUACCUUAUACAUAAAUCUUUAAAAGAUUGUACCUUCGUUUUCUUUAUAGUAUCAAUUAGAAUUUCUAAAAUAAACAAUUGAAAUAUAAUCUCAUUAAGAGCAGAAUCUAUUAUUAUAUGAUAAAUUAUGUGAUAUUAUAAAAUAAAUGACAACAUAAAUUCAAGAACAAAAAAGCCUCGAAUUUCAAAAUAAAAAAAUUAUUUAGAUAAUCAUAGAAAUAUUUUUAACUGCAAAAAUAGAGAAAAUUGAUAAGGCUGCAUUACAAUAACAAAUAAAUACAUAUUUUACAACUUUAUUCAUUUCACUACCAACUUUAGAUGAAAUUCUUAUAGGAGAUGAAUUAUUAAAUUAUAUAGAAUAUUUAAACAAUAAUAAAACUCUAUUUAAUAGUUCCACAAUAGAACUAAUAAAUUAAUUAUCCUUUAAUUCAAAUCUGAACUAAUAUCCAGACGAAAAAACAAUGGCCUUAGGCAUUAUUGGAGUUCUUAUAUCAGGUAAUUUAACUUAAUCAAAAUACUAUUUUGAUAAAUUUAGUAUCCCAAAUUUAUCAUUGGAUUAAAAAUUAAUCUAAAACUUAAAAUAAUAACCUUAAGUUAGAAGAAUGACAGUUUUUGUGCUUUCAAAUAUAUUUGGAGAAAUUUCAUAUGAUAAAGUUGAUUAUUUUUAGAAUGAAACUGCUGUUUAAUUCUUAUAAUAUGCAAGAUAAGAGAAUGAUAUUGAAGUCUUAAAUGAAAUUUUGUAAGCCUUGAGAAAUUUAAUAUAUCAUAUUUAAGACAAUUAUUUACAUAUUCUAUUGCAAUAUGAUGUAGUUUCUAUCAUUAUAGAUAAUGAAAAUUAUAUAUUAAAUUAAUAAUAAGUUUAAUGUAAAAUAAUUUUAUUAUUUUAGGUUUACUUAUGUUAAUUCAUAGAUUUAAUGAAUAUGACUCAUCAACCUUACAGAAUUUAAUUUAAUUUCCUAAUUUUAUAUAGUAUUUAUGUUUUAAAGGUGUAGCUAAUUUUGUAAGGAAAAUGUUUGAUAAUUCCAAAUUUGAUUUAGCAGCCAGUUAAUAGUUAGAAAUAAGAAAAAAUAACGAAUAUUAAAAUAACCUUCUUAAGUUGUGUGAAAUAUUGUGUUGA